AUGGUCGCCGCAAAGAAGCACAUCCCUAUCGUCAAGAAGCGCACCAACCGCUUCACCCGUCACCAGUCUGACCGGUUUAUGCGUGUUGACCCUUCUUGGCGCAAGCCCAAGGGUAUUGACAAUGCCGUCCGCCGUCGCUUCAAGGGCCAGAUUGCCAUGCCCUCCAUCGGUUACGGUUCCAACAAGAAGACCCGUCACAUGAUGCCCUCCGGCCACAAGGCUUUCCUCGUCCACAACCCCAAGGACGUCGAGCUCCUCCUGAUGCACAACCGCACCUACGCUGCUGAGAUCGCCCACGCUGUCUCUUCCCGCAAGCGCGUUGAGAUCAUCGCCAAGGCCAAGGCUCUCGGUGUCAAGGUCACCAACGCCAAGGGCCGUGUUACCACUGAGGCUUAA